AUCGCUUUUCCGGGUAGAGAAUUAGACAGCGCCGUUUUCUCCAUAAUCACUGUGAUGUUGCACUUUGUGAAGAGAGUCGCAUCAAAGACUCUAACCACUCCACCUUCCCGACAGUUUGCAGUCUGCGACCGAGUGAACAUGGGAAGUCUCCCGUCCGAAAACCGGUCCAUUCAUUCCGAUAACAUCGAGGAAGUUCAUAGAGUUCCAAUGCGUGUCAUUAUCCGACCCAUUCCGCCAGUGUUGGACGAGAACAAAGUUCAGAGUCUCAUGAACACAAUACAGGAAACGCCGGACAUGAGCGCAGUUCCCCCCAUUGAUGUGCUGUGGAUUAAGGGGGAGAGCGGAGGAGACUACUUCUACUCGUUUGGAGGAUGUCACCGUUUCGCCGCCUAUCAGAGGUUAAAUAUGGAAACUAUUCCAGCCAAAAUAAUCCGGUCAAACAUUUCCGACCUGCGCACGUACCUGGGCGCGUCCACGCCGAACUUGCAAUGAAGCGCACAGUGGCUGUUUGCUCUGCAGACCGAGGACAGUCUGUCACUCCACGGACAUAUGCAUACUUAUAGCCUACACACACACACACACACACACACACACACACACAUCAACCCGAGGACAGUGAGUCAUUCCACGGACAUAUGCAUACACACACACACAAAGAGUUACUACACAUUUAUGUAUUUAUUAUCUUACCUCACACCCGGGUCACAAACUUUUCGAGGUCCUUCCCU